AUGGAGCUCAAGGAUUCGGCUGCGAAUAUGUCAAUGCAUGGAUUUGGAAGGAUAUUCAUUAGCAAAUCGAAGCGAACACAAUUCGUCUGGUUGGUGAUCAUGAUCUGUAACUUGCUCAUUUUCAAUAUUUGUGUUAUUUCACUGUUGAGAUACUAUCUAAGUAACCCAUCCAUGACAAAAAGUGAAACGGUUAUCACUUCAAAAAUUCGUUUUCCCAGUGUUACGGUUUGUGGGCCUAGCGUCAGCAAACACAAACUGGAACGAUUUGCAGAAGAAUCCAAUAAAACUAUCCAGGUAGAUUUUGACGUCAACAAGAAGUUCUCACACCCCUAUCUCCGCAAGGAAGAAAUCUUACAGAAUUUAUCAACGGUUGAAAACUAUUGGAGAAUUAUACCUGACAUGGAGAGUCUUUUCAUGACGAAUACUUCAGGAUUUUGCACAUUUGCCACUCUAGAGAAAUGCAAUUUCACAAGUGACAUCGGAAGAGUACUAGUAUUUUACAAAGGUGUUUGCAAUAAAGUGAACGUGAACGGAAAAUAUUUUCAGAAAAAACCUGGUUCCUUACAUGGGCUUUCAUUCAUAUUGUUUGUUAAUAUAUCUGACGUUGUUCCAUGGGCAUUGUCAAGCGAAGGCGACUCGGUGUACGUUGAUAUAAAGGAGUUUGACGAGCCUGUAUUUCAUGGUUCAGGUUCUAUACUUGCAUCAGUAGGACAAUUAACACGAAUCGAAAUUAGCAAAACCCGUGGUAACCCGGCUUAA